AUGGCUGCAAUGUUCUGGGCAUUGAUUUUAGCGAGCCUCUGCUACCCCCUAGCUUCAAUCAAUGCCAAAGAACCAGCAGGUGCACCAUCAAAAUUGCCAACUUCAACCCCAGCUGCUCCCUCUAAAUUGCCAACUGUAACUUCCCCCUCUUCUAGCACACCAUCAGCACCGAAACGAUCUCCCGUGGUGGCUGCAACUCCCGGUACCUCAAGAAAACCACCAGCAGCAACUUCUCCCACUUCUAGCAAAUUACCGACUGCAGCUUCCCCCACUUCUGGCACACCAUCAGCUGCCACAAAACCACCCAUUGUAGCAGCAACCCCUAUUAGCUCAAGGAAACCACCAGUAGCAACCUCUCCAACUCUUAGCAAACUACCACCAACCACCACUCAGCCGCCUGCAACUGCGGCAGCAACUCCAACAUCUGCUCCUGUGAAAUCACCAGUUCCCAAGGUUACAACUCCAACAUCUGCUCCUGUGAAAUUACCAGCUCCCAAGAUUUUACCACCAACAUCUGCUCCAGUGAAACCACCAGUUCCCAAGGUUACAACUCCAACAUCUGCUCCUGUGGAAUUACCAGCUCCCAAGGUUUUACCACCAACAUCUGCUCCUGUGAAACCACCAGUUCCCAAGGUUACAACUCCAAGAUCUGCUCCUGUGAAGUCACCAGUCCCCAAAGUUACACCUCCAAAACUUGCUCCUGUGAAACUACCAGUUCCCAAGGUUACACCAGCGAUAAGCCCAAAAGCCCCAUCCCCUAAAAUUCCACCACCACAGCCACCCAAAAAGGCACCUGUUUCCCUUCCACCAUUACCAGUACCACCAUCCGUUUCUCCGCCAACAUUACCACCACCAUUGCCACAUCCAAAGGUAUCCCCAACACCAGCCAAAGCACCAUCACCUGCACACAAAAAGAAAGCACCAAUAUCAUCACCUGUUCCUUCGCCAUUAAGUAACCCACCAACGCCUGCACCAACGCCUGCAAUAGACACACCAUCACCAGCACCUGAAGAUGACACGCCAGAGCCGCCUCCCCACAAGCACAAGAGAAGAAGACACAAGCACAAGCACAAGAGACAUCACGCACUAUCUCUAGCUCCAGCACCAACCAUUAUUCGGAAGAGUCCCCCAGCACCACUAACUGACGACACUACUACUACUACAGCAGAUUCAGAAGAGGCACCAGCACCAAGUCCCAAUGCGGGGGAGUCUAUUGGUAUUGGUAUGGAUGAAGAUAAGCCUGGGAAAGCAAAUGAUGUUGUUGUCUUACCUUGGCCUUUGGAAACAGGUGGAGUUAUUGGGAUGGAAACAGGAGGAGCAACUAUACCUGAAUCUAAUGAUCCUCCUUGUGAUCCUCCUGGUAAAUGGGGAAAAUUUUACAGUAGGCGCAAAACAUAUGAAGAUACUCUAGACUGCAGGACCCUGACUCGAGUCCUAGUUCCAGCAACCCACUUGAAUGUACUAGUACAGCCAACGUUGAUAUGCCUAUUGCUCUUCGGAAAGGCAUUUCUGUUUGUACCUAGCUUGGGAAGUAUUGCAUUGGAGCUGUGGGAGAGGAGAUUAUUCAGAAUGUACAGUGUCUCUGGCCAGUAG